ACACUUGUGAGUUGUGUGACACUCCGUGUAAUCACUUUUCAAUAAGUAGACUCUUUCUCCCACGCUAAUCUCCUCUUCAAUGGCAACUGCUUCCGCUACUUUUUCACUCAUUUCUUACUCUACAAAACCCUAAAUUUCAUGCCUUUUUCAGACUUAUAUCCUGCACACUACUUCCUUCUCAGGUAAUAUCUUCAUCUCAGCGUCUAAAUUAAAUCCCUUUUCUUAGAUUUAUUCUAUUUUAAUUUUCAUAUGAUUUGAAGUUUCUUGAUUGUAUUUGGAACUUUGAAUAAAAUGAAACAACUUCACAAACAAAGUAGUGGAAAUAGUGUUAGGAGGGAUGAAGAAAUACCCAUGUCACAAAAUAUACCAUAUUCGCCAAAAUCGCAAAAAUAUCAUAGAUCCUUCCCUAGAUCCAUAAAUUAUAUAUUCAGAGAGCAAAGAUUGUUGUUUAUUUUGGUGGGUAUUUUAAUUGGUUCAACUUUCUUCAUCUUGCAACCUACUUUAUCUCGAAUUGGUCACCAAGAUUCGAAUUUUCCGAAAACAGCGGUUUCGGGUAGGUUAGGGAGUAAUGGCCUGGCUUCGUAUGAUGGGGGUCAGGGUAAUUGGAUUGGUGGGAAGGUUGGGAGAGUGCCAGCCGGUAUCGGAAGGCGGCGAAUGAGGAUUGUUGUGACUGGUGGGGCUGGAUUUGUUGGGAGUCAUUUGGUAGAUAGGCUAAUUGCAAGAGGGGAUGAUGUUAUUGUGAUUGAUAAUUUUUUUACUGGGAGAAAAGAGAAUGUGGCUCACCAUUUUGGGAAUCCGAGGUUUGAAUUGAUCCGUCAUGAUGUUGUCGAACCGAUAUUGCUUGAAGUGGAUCAGAUUUAUCACUUGGCUUGUCCGGCGUCUCCGGUUCAUUACAAGUACAAUCCUGUCAAAACGAUCAAGACCAAUGUGAUGGGUACCCUUAACAUGUUGGGACUUGCUAAGAGAAUUGGUGCUAGGUUUCUUCUUACUAGUACAAGUGAGGUAUACGGAGACCCGCUUGAACAUCCACAAAAAGAAACAUAUUGGGGUCAUGUGAAUCCUAUAGGUGUGAGGAGCUGCUAUGAUGAAGGAAAGCGAACUGCCGAAACUUUAACAAUGGAUUAUCACCGAGGUGCUGAGGUUGAGGUGCGUAUUGCACGUAUUUUCAAUACUUAUGGACCUCGGAUGUGUCUGGAUGAUGGACGUGUUGUUAGCAAUUUUGUUGCUCAGGCCAUUCGUAAGGAACCAAUGACAGUCUAUGGGGAUGGAAAGCAAACUCGAAGCUUUCAGUAUGUCUCUGACCUGGUUGAUGGAUUAAUGGCACUGAUGGAAGGGGAGCAUAUUGGCCCAUUUAAUCUUGGAAAUCCUGGAGAAUUCACCAUGCUGGAGCUUGCAGAGGUUGUGAAAGAAACUAUUGAUCCAACUGCAACUAUAGCGUUCAAAGAUAAUACAGCCGAUGACCCCCACAAAAGGAAACCAGAUAUCAGCAAAGCGAAAGAGCUGUUGAACUGGCAGCCCAAGGUAUCUUUAAGAGAUGGGCUACCUCUUAUGGUAGCUGAUUUUCGGAAUCGGAUUCUUAAUCAGGAUGAAGGCAAAGCACACUAACAAAAAAAUGAGCAAAAACUAUGUAUGUAUAGUGUGCAAUAGCAGUUUGGUUAUUAAGGUGCUGUAAUCCCAUCUUAACUUCUUUGUGACGUUGGGAGAGAAGGAUUCUGGCAAUGUGCCAUAGAAGAAUCCGAGGAACGUUUUGUAUGCUCAUUGCAGUCUUGCUCUGUUGACUAAAAAUAUUUUUGUGUUUUUAUACUUAUUAUAGAAUAAUCUUGUAGAAAGCUUAUUGUAUCUUAUUGGUUAUAAUUUUUUCAAAUGUUUACCAAAUUAAGGCAAAAGUCAAAAGGCCUCGGCUGAAUUCAAAUUUUAUCUUUUAAGGCAAGAGUGCAUGACACAUUGUGUUGCCCAUUUGUCUACAAAUA